CAGAUGGUUAUGGCGGCAAAAGCCCCAUUUGCCCCCAACCACAGCUUAUCACUCAUCGCCAUUCUUUCAAUUCAUUUAUCCCAUUUUCUUUUUAUUAUAAAAUUAAAAUGUUUUUUUGGUGGCCGCAUCUAUAUAAUUAAAAUCAAGGAGGAACAAACAAGAAGGAGCAGAGGAUAUGUUAUUGGAGAUCAGGGAAGAAAGAGGAAAAUGAAAGGGAUAUUGUAUGAAGUUAACCUAAAAAACCCAGAAAGGGAAGAUCUUGGUUUGGUGAAUUGUGAGAAGAAGAAACGAGGUUGUUUGUUUCUUCUUAGGUUCAUGUGUUCUGGCUGUGUGUUGUUUUGGAGAAGGAAAGGGAGGGAGACUGGGAGAGGAGAGGGAAGGAAGGGAAGGAAGGGAAGGAAAAAGGGAAAGGGAAAGGGAAAAGGAAAAGGAAAGUGGGGGAAACUGAAGGGUGAAGGGAAGUGCGUUAAGGCUCCAUAGAUGACACGUGGCGAGAAUCCAGUGGUUUGGGAUUUCCUGGGAGGGUUCAACAGCAACAACAGCAACAACCCAAAACCCAACACCAACGUAUACAAAACCACAAUGUCAAUCUCUCUCUCCUCUGCCAUGUCAGAGUGUAACCCCGUCCUAUGACCCCGGCGAAUCCGUAUUUGUGUGCUUCUCUUUCUAUAAACUCUCUCUCUCUAUUUAUUCAUUUGUAUCCCACAUCUGUCUCUUUCAUUCUUCUUCUCUCUCUCAUCCCCAACUCUCCGAGCCCUAACUCUCGAACCUCCUUUUCCCCCUUUACUCUCUUCCCGCCUUCAAUCACAUACUAUCAUGCUCUGUUUUCCCUUUUGAUCCACAGCUUACCCCAUGUGUGCUUUCCUACUACUUUGUAUAGAUGGAGUGUUUGAUUCUGACUCAGGGUUAAGGUAUGAAGGAGGAUGAAUCAUCGGGCGGUAAAGUUAUUAGUAGGAAUUGGGUCAUGAAACGUAAAAGGAGAAAGCUUUCUUCUGCUACUGAUCUUCCUAGCAAAAGGGAAGACAGGUCACUUGCAAUAGAAUCUCCUAGAAGUAUUUCUUUGGCUAAAGGGAAGGUGAAGAGUGAGGCACAUCGCGAACAGUUCUCAUCCAAGAAGAAAGGAAAUGAUGGGUAUUUCUUUGAAUGCGUGGUCUGUGAUCUUGGUGGAAACUUGUUAUGCUGUGACAGCUGUCCAAGGACCUACCAUCUUCAGUGUCUUAAUCCACCCCUUAAGCGGAUCCCCAUGGGUAAGUGGCAUUGUCCAAGCUGCAAUCAGAAGAAUGAUUUACCAUUAGAUACCACAAGCUAUUUGGACACCAUAUCUAAGCGAGCAAGAACAAAAGUUGUCAGUGCAAAAUGUAAAAAUGGAAUCAAGUCUUCUGACACUGAGAAAGUGUCCAGGAUAUUUGGAAGCUCCAUUCUUGCUAAGAAGAGAUCCUCCAACAAGAGAAAGUCAAUCUUAGCUCAUAAAGUGAAGGCUUUUGGAAGAAAAUCAGCCACCUCCAAUAUAGACGUGUCUUGUAAUGCCAAGCCAAGUCAUCCAUUGGAUAGUAAUACCGUAACGAGCGUUUCUUCUCCUGUCAAUGUUAAUGAUGAAAAGGUAUGCAAGGCAUCCCGAUCAGACUCUCAAACAGAAGAAAAGUCAGUUCCUGUUGUUACGGAGGUUUCAUCUCAUUCAAAAGCUGAAAAAUUAGAGCCACGUGGUGAUGUUCCCGAUAAGAAUCUUGAUAUGCUUGAGAAUGAGCUUGGAAUUUCUUGUGAGGAUGCAUCCCCGAGUAAAAACCCUGUUCUUGCAGUUACUGCUGUAGGGAAGGAGACUAGAAAAAGGAAAAAGAAGAUCAAUAGUGAUGUUGGUCAAAAGAAGCCCAAGACUGGAAAGGCAACGUGUGUAACUGGCACUUCAAAAAAACUUGGAUGCAAAGUAGAUGCUUCCAGUCCUGGAAAUGGUAGAUCCGUACGGAAACAAAAGCAUGUUGGCCAUGAGAUACCUACUUCCUCUUCAAAGGAAGACGUUGGGACUAAGAAUUCAGAUCUGGAGGGAAAAGAUGAGAAACUUCCUGAUGAAGACAAAGAUAAGUUGGUCGAGCUUGAUAAAGUAGUAGGUCAUGUAGAUGGCACAUUGACAUGUGAAAAUGGAUUGGAUGGUGAGACUUUACAGGUUGAUCGAGUGUUAGGGUGUCGUGUUCAAGAUAACAGCAAGGAAUCUUCAUAUUUACUUGAGAUAGUGGUUAAUGACCGUCCUGAUGAUCUCCUAAAUCCAGAAGAAGCCAGAGAAAUAGGAGAUAGACCUGCAUUUGAUGAUGUUUUAGAUGUUGGAACAGAAAAUAUCAUCAAGGAUCAAGAGAAUGUAGGUCCAAGUGGUGAUAUGGAAGAAAGCUUGAAGAGUGAUACGAAGGUAGAUAAAAUACAGGUAUAUAGAAGAUCUGUGAACAAAGAAUCAAAAAAAGGUAAGGCCCUGGAUGUGUCGAGUAAGGGCAAUAUUGAUUGUUGUACAUCAACCUCGAAUAAUGAAAAUCGAGAUGAAUCUUCUCUAACGUUAGAAGAUCAGGGUAGAUCAAUGGAAAAUACGAUAUCAGAGGAGAAUGUUGGCGUGAGCUUGAGAAGUUCCAAUGGGAAUGAUGUUCUUAAAGUGUGCGAAAAGGUUGCUUCUUUUGAAACCAAUAAUAUAGCAGAAGGUGAUACAGAAGUAGGUAUCAGCAACAGCUUGGAGAAUAAAAUUAAAGAUUCAUUGGUACCUGAUACUGCAUGUAGGAAUGCUGAGACCACACAUUAUGAAUUUCUAGUGAAAUGGGUUGGUAAGUCUCAUAUCCAUAAUAGCUGGAUUUCCGAAUCUCAUCUGAAAGUUUUAGCGAAGAGAAAACUUGAAAAUUACAAGGCAAAGUAUGGGACUUCGGUCAUUAAUAUAUGUGAGGAUAGAUGGAAGCAGCCCCAGCGAGUGAUUGCUCUUCGUUCUUGCAAAGAUGGUGGUCAUGAAGCAUUUGUAAAAUGGUGUGGCCUUCCUUAUGAUGAAUGCACUUGGGAAAAAUUAGAAGAACCUGUUUUAAAAGAAUCUCCACAAUUGAUCCAAUUGUUCAAUGAUUUUGAGCAGAAAACAAUUGAAAAGGAUUCUUCGAAGGAAAAUUUACCUAAGAAAUAUGGUGAUUCACAGUUUGAGAUAACUACUCUUACUGAGCAACCUAAGGAACUCCAAGGGGGUUCAUUGUUUCCUCAUCAACUUGAAGCUCUCAACUGGUUGAGGAAAUGCUGGUACAAGUCAAAAAAUGUAAUCCUUGCUGAUGAGAUGGGACUUGGAAAAACAGUAUCAGCUUGUGCUUUUAUUUCAUCAUUAUAUUUUGAGUUCAAAGCUAGACUCCCUUGCUUAGUUUUGGUCCCACUGUCCACAAUGCCUAACUGGCUUUCUGAAUUUGCUUUAUGGGCCCCAAAUUUGAAUGUUGUGGAAUACCAUGGGGGUGCAAAGGCAAGAGCAGCUAUCCGGCAGUAUGAAUGGCAUGCUUGCAAUCCCAGUCAGCCGAAUAAGAAAACCGACUCCUUUAAAUUUAACGUUCUUUUGACUACUUAUGAAAUGGUUCUUGUUGAUUCUUCUUACCUUCGUGGGGUUCCCUGGGAAGUUCUUGUGGUAGAUGAGGGCCACCGUUUGAAGAAUUCUGGAAGUAAGCUUUUCAGCUUGCUUAAUACAUUUUCUUUCCAACAUCGUGUUCUGUUGACUGGGACACCUCUGCAAAACAACAUUGGUGAGAUGUAUAACUUACUUAACUUCUUACAGCCAUCUUCUUUUCCUUCUUUAUCUUCAUUUGAGGAGAAGUUUAAUGACCUUACAACUGCCGAAAAGGUGGAAGAACUGAAAAAACUUGUUUCUCCACAUAUGCUCCGAAGGCUUAAAAAAGAUGCCAUGCAAAAUAUUCCUCCCAAGACUGAAAGAAUGGUUCCAGUUGAGCUAUCAUCUAUACAAGCUGAAUAUUAUCGUGCGAUGCUGACAAAAAACUAUCAGCUACUUAGGAAUAUUGGGAAGGGUGUUGCACAACAGUCCAUGCUAAAUAUUGUGAUGCAAUUACGGAAGGUCUGCAAUCACCCAUAUCUUAUACCAGGCACAGAGCCCGAAUCUGGUUCUGUAGAGUUCCUUCAUGAAAUGCGGAUAAAAGCUUCAGCUAAGUUGACGUUGUUGCAUUCAAUGCUCAAGAUUUUACAUAAGGAGGGUCAUAGAGUUUUACUAUUUUCCCAGAUGACUAAGCUUCUUGAUAUCCUCGAAGAUUACUUGACCAUAGAAUUUGGGCCAAAGACAUAUGAGAGAGUUGAUGGCUCUGUUUCAGUGGCAGAUCGUCAAGCUGCAAUUACACGCUUUAACCAAGAUAAGAGUCGCUUUGUUUUCCUAUUAUCAACACGCUCGUGUGGCCUUGGUAUUAAUUUAGCAACUGCUGACACUGUUAUUAUUUAUGAUUCUGAUUUUAAUCCACAUGCUGAUAUCCAAGCUAUGAAUCGGGCGCAUCGAAUUGGUCAAUCAAAUAGACUUUUGGUAUACCGACUUGUAGUUCGUGCUAGUGUUGAAGAGCGCAUUUUGCAGCUUGCUAAGAAGAAAUUGAUGCUUGAUCAGCUUUUUGUCAAUAAGUCAGGAUCCCAAAAGGAAGUGGAAGAUAUUUUGAAAUGGGGUACAGAAGAAUUAUUUAGUGAUUCAACCAUCACUAGUGGGAAGGAUGCAGUUGAAAAUAGUAAUAGCAAGGAUGAGGCAGUGACAGAUAUAGAGCAUAAGCAUAAGAAGAGGACCGGUUCCCUGGGGGAUGUCUACAAGGAUAAAUGUACAGAUAGUGGCAUUAAGAUUGUUUGGGAUGAAAAUGCAAUUUUGAGAUUGCUAGACCGUUCAAAUCUUCAAUCUGAUGCAACUGAAACUGCUGAAGCUGAUACUGAGAAUGAUAUGCUUGGCUCCGUGAAGUCUGUCGACUGGAAUGAUGAACCAGCAGAAGAACAAGGGGGAGCUGAAUCACCCACUGGUGUAACUGAUGACAUUUGUGCGCAAAAUUCAGAAAGGAAAGAGGAUAAUGGGUUGACAGUUGCUGAGGAAAAUGAAUGGGACAGACUUUUGCGAAUCAGAUGGGAGAAGUAUCAGAGUGAGGAGGAAGCAGCUCUUGGCCGUGGGAAACGCCUCCGUAAAGCCGUUUCUUAUAGGGAAGCAUAUGCUCCCCAUCCUAGUGAAACUUUGAGUGAGCAGAGUGGGGGAGAAGAAGAAAAAGAACCGGAACCAGAACCAGAGAGGGAAUAUACACCAGCGGGACGAGCUUUAAAAGAAAAAUUUGCUAAGCUACGAGCUAGACAAAAAGAACGGCUUGCUAAAAGAAACGCAUUGGAAGAAUCCUUCUCUCGUGAGGGAGUGACUAUACAUGGGUCACUCCCUCAUCAGUGUCCUCACACCAAUGCAGUGGAUCAAGAUCAAGCAGCAGGAUCAUUGGAAACGAAUAAAGAGAGGACUUCAGUAUUUGUCUUGGAGGAUGACAAACUUAUUCAGUCAGCAGAUGCUCCAAAGAGCCGGAUCGAUUCAACCUUGAGGCUUGGAAGAAUUUCAAGGCAUAAAAUUAGCAAUAACUUAGAUCUUGCUGUGGGUCCAAUAGGCUAUUCAGCUGCUGAUAAUUUUCUACCAAGUCAACAUUUUGCGGGAUCUAGUCAUGCAAACUCAGUCCCGAUCAAUUUGUUGCCGGUUCUUGGACUUUGUGCCCCUAAUGCUAAUCAGCUUGAAACAUCACGUAAGAACUUGUCAAGAUCAAAUGGUAAGCAGAGUCGAACAGUAGCUGGACCUGACUUUCCAUUUAAAUUAUCUCCUUGCUCUGGAACUUUAAGUGGCACUGAUGUUGGUGGUGCUGAGGUUGUGCCAGACAAGGAAUUGCCAGCUUCGUCAGCAGAACGCUUGCACAGCCAUCUUUUGUUUGCUCAGGAAAAGAUGACGCCACCCAAUUUUCCCUUCGAUGAGAAAAUGUUGCCCAGAUAUCCAAUCCCAUCUAAGAACUUGCCAAGUGGACGACUUGACUUCUUAUCAAAUCUGUCCCUGGAUGGCAGAGUUGAAGCUGUUAAUGGUUGUCUUCCAACUAUACCUUUGCUGCCCAAUUUAAAACUUCCUUCCCUAGAUGUUAUGAGGGGCAAUCCACAAGAUGAGGAAGAGGCUCCCUCCUUGGGUUUGGGACGGAUGCUUCCCACAUUCUCGGCGUUUCCUGAAAAUCAUAGGAAAGUGCUUGAAAACAUAAUGAUGAGGACUGGAUCUGGAUCUGCCAACUACUUCAGAAGAAAACCAAAAGGAGAUGGUUGGUCAGAAGAUGAACUGGAUUUUCUCUGGAUUGGUGUUCGUAGGCAUGGAAAGGGAAACUGGGAUGCCAUGCUUAAAGAUCCUAGACUGAAAUUUUCAAGGUACAAAACUUCAGAAGAUUUAUCAUCCAGGUGGGAGGAGGAGCAACUAAAGAUUUUGGAUGGGUCAGCUUGUCAGAUGCCAAAAUCAGCUAAGCAAAGCAGGUUACAAAAAUCUUCUCCAUUUCCAAGUCUCCCUGAUGGGAUGAUGACGCGGGCUCUGCAUGGAAGUAGACUAGUUACAGUACCAAAGUUUCAUACCCAUCUGACAGAUAUUAAACUGGGUCUUGGUGAUCUCGUUCCUAACCUUCCUCGAUUUGAAGCAUCAGAUCGACUUGGUCUGCAAAAUGAGCAAUUUGCAUCUAUACCAACCUGGAACCAUGACAAAUAUCACACGUAUUUUCCUGGAGAAUCAUCGGCAGGAGCUUCUGAUAGAUCAGGGACUAAUUCAACCAUGCCUGUUGAUAACCCUUUUAUGUUCAAUUCUUUGGGAACUAGUCACUUAGGUUCAUUGGGUUUAAAUGGCUCUAGUAGCUUUGAUACACAGGGAAAGGAGAAUGACGAACCUGGUCUUGAUAACUACGGGAAGUUGCCUAAUCUUUUGGAUAGAUCUUUGAAACUAUUUCAUGAAUCACCUAGCAAUUUGGAAAAUGGUUCAGGACUGCUGCCUGAUCCCAGCAAGGGGCUCAGUGUAGCAAAUCCCAAAGAUGAAUUAACAGAUGGCAAUUCUUCAAAGGACAAACUACCUCAUUGGCUAAGGGAAGCUGUUAAUGUUACUUCAAAGCCUCCAGACCCUAACCUUCCCCCAACUGUGUCAGCAGUUGCACAAUCAGUUCGCUUGCUAUAUGGGGAAGACAAGUUUAUCACUAUUCCCCCAUUUGUGAACCCAGGUCCACCUCCCUCUUUACCGAAAGACCCAAGACGGAGUCUAAAGAAGAAACGAAAGCGGAAAUCCGUUAUUUUCAGGCACUCUUCAGCAGAUGUUGUAGGAAGCAGCAGCCAGCAGGAGGAGCUUGAAGGUGGCCCUGCCCAUGGAGAUGCCGCUGUUUCUUGCUCCAUCUCAUUGGUCUCACCACAUGCCAUCCAUCAUUCACAGCCACAGGAAAUGGCAGGAACUUCAACUUCAAGGCUUCCAGGUCUGGAAUCUGACCUCAGCAUACCUUCUCUGAACUUGAACAUGAAUCCCUCAUCCUCAUCUCUGCACACAAACCAGCAGAAGAAAACGACCAUGGGCUUAUCCCCAUCGCCAGAAGUUCUUCAGUUAGUUGCAUCUUGCGUUGCUCCUGGUUCACAUAUGUCAUCUAUAUCGGGGAAGUUGAACUCAAGUAUCCUUGAAAAGACAAUCCCACUAUCAACUUCCCAUGAUCAAGAGGAUAUAUUGAGUUCUAAAAGUUCGCCAGGAAAAGGUAAAAAACAGAGGUUAUCAUUCAGUUCAUUAGAUUUCUACAAUCAAGAUAAACCCAAAUCCCUCGAAAGCGAUGACUCGAGUAAGACCCAGUCAGACCCCUCACGGAGCAAAAGACCUGAUGGGGAAGAAAUAUCGUCUGAAGGGACUGUCUCGGAUCGUCAUGCAAGUGACCAAGAACUAUAGUUGUAAUAAAAACCUGUAACAGUAUAGUCAUUUUUUAGUGCUGAGCGAGGCUGUAUGUCAAUGUGCUUGAAUUUUUGUAGGCAUUCCCCAAUGAGUUAAAUGCAUUGGUAAAUGUAGGCUUAUUAUUAGCAUAUCUUGUGUAAAGCUUUUUUCCAAGAGAAAUGUCAAAUAUAGUUCUCUCUUUUGGUAUUCACUUCACGUUCCGUUUUCUGAUCCAUAUUUGAUUAUUGGUCACAAGCUUGAGGGAAGAUGUGUUAAAACAUAUUCAUACAUUCAGCUGAACCAAAAGCACUUGUACUUUGUGGAGUCUGUGUAAAUUCGUAGCCUUAGGCCAAGCAUUUAAAAGCUAUAAUGUAAAUCUCCAUUUGGAUUUUCCUUUUUA